UGUCUGCAGAGCUAAAACCCAGAUCCCAAACCAAGAUGUCAGCAAAUUACAGGCAAAUCUAGCUUUGAAGUCUCUCAUAGAGGACGUGGAGAAUCAAUAUCAGUUUUGCACGAAUUGUAAAUCCGAGGACAAACCCCAAGCUGUUGUCUACUGUCAAGAAUGUGGCACGUAUCUCUGUAACACGUGCUACAACACACACUCUCAGUGGCCAGGUUUCAUCAGUCACGAGGUUUUAGCCAUGAGUGAGAUCUUAUCAGGGAAGGUGUUAGUACGUAGAUAUCGUAAAUGUAGGAAACACCCCAAAGAGGAUGAGGAGUGCUUCUGUUCCGAUUGCAGGAGAUUUGCUUGCUUCGGGUGUGUUGUCAUGGAGCAUAAAGACGAAGGACAUCGGGUCAUCGAGGCAGCUGUUUUUGAAAGCCGCCAUAUGAAGAAUGUCGAGGACCUCAAAUCCAAGGCGGACAAGAAACGCUCUUGCUUUCAGAAAUACGUUGAUUUCAUUGAUGAACAGAAGGAGCGUGUGAGCAAUGUUCAGAAGCAGUGUACAGAUGAUAUUAACAAAGCAUAUGAAGAAUCAGUCCGGCAUUUGACAGAAAAGAAAGAAAUCCUUGUUGGUGAAGUCAAGGGAAGGACCGAAGGAGUAGAGAAGGAACUGGACAAAAUGAAGAAAUCGGCUGAGGAGCACAUCACUCACUUGACCACAAUAGCUGAGGUGGUAACCAAUAGGACAAAGAUACCGUUAGAUAUGGAUGCUUUAGCUGCACACGACACUCUUUGUCAAGACUUACAAGAGGCCUUGAAACAAAAAGAUCCUGACUACAAGCAGCCGAGGGAAUCGAGCAAGAAAGGAAAAAGUGUCAGUUUCAUGAGAAACGUUGGAAUGGACGAGCUAGGUCUUGGUAAGAUCGUAAAUGCAGUUGCAAAGGAAAUCGCUUUGCCUACUAAUAAAAGCAUGAAUGCCAUGGUUAGUACACCAGACGGUAGGAUGGCAGUGGGAUGUAACACACGUGGCGUGGAGAGCUUCUCUGCUGAUGGUCAGCACCAGCAGAAAGUUCUCAAGAAUGUUAAGAUUCGUGAAGUAGGGUUUCUCUCUAAUGAUCGGUAUGUUAUACUUGAUGGCUCAAACAAUAUUACACUGUACACACCAGAGUACACAAAGUUAAAUGUAAAGUUUGAGACUCUGAGUAACGAUGAAGGUGGAUAUCCUGCCCUCACUGUAGACAGUAAUGAUCAGAUAUAUGUUAGCUACAGGAAAGCCAAGAAGAUCCAGGUAUUCUCACCAGCAGGUGGGAAGGCGAUCAGGGAGAUACCAUGUGAUGGUUAUGGACCUUGGCAGAUUAGUAGUUAUAAUGAUGACAUGAUCACCGUAUUUGGUAAAACUAUACGAUUGAUUAACAAACAAGGUGUUGUAAAAUAUAAAUUAACGAAAUCAGGUCAUGAUCUAUUUCCUGCGGUGUCUCAAGGGAAUACAAUCCUGAUAGCUGCGUUGAAACACGAUGGGGGUUUGGUCAGCAUUGAUGAGUACACUAACGAGCUGAAGCAUGUCCAGAACCUCGUCAUUGAUUACCAGAUUGAGAAGCCCGAGAGAGAGUGGUACUAUCUCCAGCAGUACCGAUCAGGAGAGAUCGCUUUCUGCACUCCUGAUAGACUCUAUAUAUUCCACUGA